AAACAGUUUAAGUUUCAAAGUUUAGGCAGUCAUUUUGAAAUGAAAUAAUAUUAUAACAAAGAGAUUGGAUAAUCACCAAAACAGUUGUUAGAAUUUAUGUAGGUCAGUACCUACCUAUAUUCGCAACCAAACUACCUAGCGGGUCAUCUGAUCUGUUGCUGAACACAAUGGCUGCUCUAGAGGUUGAGUCGUAUCCACGUCGAUCACCGAAAUAUUUGUCUGGAGAACCGUCUAGGAAAGUUAAGCGUGAAUCGGAGAAAGGAGUGUUGGAGCCUUCUCCUACUCCGACUGAUGGAAUUAAAAAUUACUAUAUGAAUAAAAUAGAUGAGCAUCAGUUUAUUUACACCGAGAAAUUGCUGAAUUUGCGAAGAUUAGAGGCCCAACGAAAUGAACUAAACGCUAAAGUUCGUAUGCUUCGGGAAGAGCUGCAACUGCUCCAGGAACAAGGAUCGUUUGUUGGAGAAGUCAUAAAAGCGAUGGACAAGAAAAAAGUGUUGGUAAAGGUGCAACCUGAAGGAAAAUACGUCGUAGAUAUUGACAAGAACAUUGAGAUAUCUCAGAUAUCACCAAAUUGCCGUGUAGCUCUACGAAGUGAUAGUUACACAUUACACAAGAUUCUGCCUAGUAAAGUGGAUCCCCUGGUUUCGUUGAUGAUGGUAGAAAAGGUUCCGGACUCUACGUAUGAAAUGAUCGGAGGUUUAGACAAACAGAUUAAGGAGAUUAAGGAAGUUAUUGAACUUCCCGUAAAACAUCCUGAGCUUUUUGAUGCUCUAGGAAUAGCACAGCCUAAAGGCGUUCUGUUAUAUGGACCCCCUGGUACCGGCAAAACCUUACUAGCCCGUGCUGUUGCUCAUCAUACAGAAUGUACUUUUAUUCGUGUCAGUGGUUCUGAACUUGUUCAGAAGUUUAUUGGUGAAGGAGCUAGAAUGGUUCGCGAGUUGUUUGUUAUGGCACGAGAGCAUGCACCCUCCAUUAUUUUUAUGGAUGAAGUCGACUCGAUCGGAUCUACCAGAUUAGAAAGCGGCACUGGAGGUGACAGUGAAGUUCAGCGCACAAUGUUAGAGCUGCUUAACCAGUUGGAUGGAUUUGAACCGAAACAGAACAUCAAGGUUAUCAUGGCUACGAAUCGUAUCGACAUACUUGACUCAGCACUUUUAAGACCAGGUCGAAUUGAUCGGAAAAUUGAAUUUCCUGCACCAAAUGAGGAGGCACGGUUGGAUAUUUUGAAAAUACAUUCUCGAAAGAUGAACCUAACAAGAGAUAUUGACCUACGUAAAUUAGCAGAGUCAAUGCCUGGUGCCAGUGGUGCAGAAGUCAAAGGCGUUUGUACAGAAGCUGGUAUGUAUGCUUUGCGAGAACGUCGGGUUCAUGUUACUCAAGAAGAUUUUGAAUUGGCUGUUGCGAAGGUGAUGCAGAAAGAUUCUGAGAGGAAUGUAUCCAUCAAGAAACUGUGGAAAUAAAGCUUUUGAAACUUUGUUUUAAUAGGACUGAGUACUACCGUUUUCCUUUUGUAAAAACGUCAGUAUAAUUCUUUUCCAUUCUUUGACCUAUCCACUGUCAACAGAAAGCUGAACAUAAUUUCCGCCACUUAUUUAAAAUGCGCCUAUAAACUACCUUAUUUCAGUGGAUGUGUUAUUGUUUUAAUAUAUGACUGAGUGAUUGUAUGGAGAUCCUAUAAACUGGUUGUUUGUGGUGUAUUUCUGCAUUAUAGCUGUUGAAGAGAUGCACUGUUAUCUUAUUUUAUUAUUGUUUUGUUUCCCUAGUGUUUAAUGGACUAAUUCGUAGUCGGUUUUAUUUCAAAUGUAAAGCAACAACGACGUUCUCGACCUGUAACUGAUGGUUGAUAAUCAGGUCCAUGGAUUAACAAACUAGUUCUAAGGAGAAUCAUUUGCCAAUUACAGUGUUUGGG